GAGCAUUUUGUUCAGGACGACCGGAGAAACUGUGCCGUUAUGUCGACGAGCCUGUCGGGUUGUUACAGUUUGUACUGCUCGUUUAGCCGGAUUUAAGCACACGCGGAGAAUUUUUGUUUUUAACUGUGCAGGUAAAUGAUCUGUUUAGCGUUGCAUUUUAUUGAUAGUACCCCGCAACUGUGAAGUUAAACGAAGUGGAAGCGUAAAGAGGACUCAUCGGAUUCGCCUGUGGAUCCAUGCAGCUUCGGUCUGGAUAGCAUUCUCAAGAUCACAGCUGCAGGCCAUUUACUGAUGGGUACAUACUGUGAGGUAACGCAACAAGAAAAAUACAAAUCAUUUGGAAGAGACAGGAACUGUGAAAGAAUGAAGACAAGCUAGAUAGUGUUGUCCCCAAAGAACUGCAUAAGUAUUCAUAAACAACUAUUUGACCUAGCAAAUGUGUACCUGGACUAAACACUAGUCAGAGAAACCUGAAAAGUAACUUUGUUGAACUGUUGAAUCUUCAAAGAGAACACCUUGACACCAAGUGACCGCCAUGUGUGCUGAAGGAUAUCAGUACAGAGCGCUUUAUGACUACAAGAAGGAGAGGGAGGAGGACAUUAAUCUGCAUGUGGGGGAUAUACUGUUGGUGAGCAAAGGAGCUCUGGUGGCUCUUGGGUACACUGAUGGGCUGGAACAGAGGCCAGAUAAUAUUGGCUGGCUGCCAGGCUUCAAUGAAACCACUCAGGAAAAAGGGGACUUCCCUGGGACAUAUGUCGAGUAUAUCGGGAAGAAGUGGAUCUCUCCCCCCACACCCAAGCCAAGGCCCCUCAGACCCUUACCUGUUGCCCCAGGUGGCUUCAGGGCAGAGGCAGACUCCGACUCAGAGCAAGGCUUCUGUUUGCUGGACCUGACGGAGCAGUUUUCCCUUCCAGAGACCAGUCCACCCAUGCUUGCCAGACUGCUGGAAGCUAUUGAGAGGAAAGGUCUGGAUAACCCAACUUUAUAUCGAACAUUUACAGCUGGUGGUGGACUUGAAGUCAGACAGUAUUUUGAUUGUGACCCUCCCUCACCAGACCUGGAUCAGGUGGAACUUCCUGUCCUGUGUGAUGGUCUGCGCAGGUACCUGCAGGAUCUUCCCCAGCCCAUCAUCCCCACCCCAUUAUAUGCUCAGAUGGUCCACACUGCCAAAGAGGUGGUGAACCCUGAGGAAUGUGCCCAGCUGCUACGUCGCAUCGCCAGCACCCAGAGCUUGCCUCCCCAAUACUGGCUAACUCUCCACUGCCUGCUUAGGCAUUUCUCUAGAGUGUGCCAAAACAGCUCCAAGAACCUGCUCAGUGCCAGAGCCCUGGGCGAGAUCUUCAGUCCCGUGUUCUUCAGACAACAGGCCACCAGUUGUGAACCCAGCUUGGAAGCUCACAUCAAGAUCAUUGAGGUUCUGGUGACCAGUGAAUGGAGUGAAAGUCAGUCAGCUCCAGCUCUACCUCCAAAGCCACCCAAGCCCACAUCUGUGACUAACAACGGUAUGAACAACAACAUGGCGCUACAAGACGCAGAAUGGUACUGGGGAGACAUCUCAAGAGAGGAGGUCAAUGAGAAACUGAGGGACACUGCAGACGGUACAUUUUUGGUGCGAGACGCCUCUACGAAAAUGCACGGAGACUACACACUGACUCUGAGGAAAGGUGGAAACAACAAACUUAUCAAGAUAUUCCAUCGAGAUGGGAAGUACGGCUUCUCAGACCCACUGACCUUCAGCUCUGUUGUUGAGCUCAUCAACCACUAUCGCAACGAGUCACUGGCUCAGUACAACCCUAAGCUAGACGUCAAGCUGCUGUAUCCGGUCUCCAAACACCAGCAGGAUCAGGUGGUGAAAGAAGACAACAUUGAAGCUGUGGGGAGGAAGCUUUGUGAGUACCACCAGCAGUACCAGGAGAAGAACAAAGAGUACGACCGUCUGUAUGAAGAAUACACCAGAACAUCACAAGAAAUCCAAAUGAAGAGGACGGCUAUCGAGGCUUUUAAUGAAACUAUAAAGAUAUUUGAGGAGCAAUGCCAAACACAAGAGCGGUACAGCAAGGAGUAUAUUGAGAAAUUCAGGCGAGAAGGCAACGACAAGGAGAUCCAGAGGAUUAUGGGAAACUACGAGAAGUUGAAGUCCCGGAUCAGUGAAAUUGUCGACAGCAAGCGCCGACUGGAGGAAGAUCUGAAGAAACAGGCGGCAGACUACAGAGAGAUCGACAAGAGGAUGAACAGCAUCAAGCCCGACCUCAUCCAGCUCCGCAAGACCAGAGACCAGUAUCUCAUGUGGUUGACCCAGAAGGGAGUCAGACAGAAGAAACUCAACGAGUGGCUCGGAAUCAAAAACGAGAACACAGAAGAUCAAUAUUCUAUGGUGGACGAUGAUGAAGACCUUCCUCAUCAUGACGAGCGGUCCUGGAAGCUGGGCAACAUUAAUCGGUUACAGGCGGAGGCUCUCCUCCAGGGCAAGAGAGAUGGAACAUUCCUGGUUCGAGACAGCAGCAAAGCAGGAUGCUACGCCUGCAGCGUUGUUGUGGACGGUGAGGUGAAGCACUGCGUCAUCAACAAGACCCCCUCAGGUUAUGGCUUCGCCGAGCCGUACAACCUGUACAGCUCAUUAAAAGAACUCGUACUUCACUACCAGCACACAUCUUUGGUCCAGCACAAUGACUCUCUGAAUGUGACGCUAGCAUACCCGGUCUAUGCCCAGCAGAGACGGUGAGGACCUGGAUGUUUCCACACGGACACAAAGAAAAGGCCUCAUGGGGAGUUGGAGAUACAUGUCCUGGGACUCCAUGAUUUAAAAAAGAAAGAGGCUCUGUUUGCUGAACUUAGACUUGAAAUCGGAGGAAAAGACGCAAUAAAGCCUGAACAUUUUCAGUGACUUUACCCAACCACGAGCCUGAGCCUGAGGCGAGUCUGAAUGUAGAUUUAUUUCUCUUUUGCUUUUUGUGGGAGCACAGAAUCAAGCGGAAACUGCUGAACUCUCCCACAGUGGAGGACAUUGAGGCCUUUUCCUAAUGGUGCUUGUUCUUUUUCAAAGCUUUACCAGCCGGGAAUGUCGAAUCGAAACAGAUGAACUCUUCAAAUGGAACUGUAUUCACCGGCCACAACUUUGUUUUUCCACUUUUUGUUUUUUUUCCUUUCAUGUCAUCUUUGUGUGUAUGUAUGUCUGUAUUCCUGCACAAGUGUUUCUGUGUAUGUGGCUGUGAGUGAGUGUGUGUGAUUGUCCAUGUGACCAAAACUCAUAGAAUCAGGAAAAUGUGUGACGUUAUGGGGAGGGGGGGGUGUGGGGUGGGGUGGGGGGCUGUGUAACACAUUUGCUUGUGUUAACUGUUGAGUAGCAGACCAUGGAUCAGCUGAUAAAUGUAGCAAAAUGGCACUUUUUAAACAAAGUUUAAUUUUUUUGAAAAGACUCCUAUGGACUUUUAUGAGAAGAGCAGAAGAUGAGAUGUCUGCAUCCUGCCUUCUAACUGUUGAGCAUUACAGUGCAGACGCAAACUUGAUCUUUACUGUGGGAAGGUGAAACUAUGAAUGGACUUACUAUUUCAUGUACAUAUGUGAAAAUGUGCAAAGUCAUGAAUCAAAGUGCACCAUACCAAAAAGGAUCAGUUCCUGUUUAGUUAUAUUCUGAUCUGCUAUGCAAUCAUUUCUCCAUUAUUUCUUCAGAAUUGUGUUUCAUUCUGUUGCAACCCACAAUAUAAGCUUGUUUUAUUGCUUGAAAAGUAUCUUUUCCUGUGUAAAUAUCCAAGAGGAUAUUUUGUGUCAAAAUGCCAAGAUACAGUAAAAAAAACUGCUUAUGAUUUGUAAAAGAUAAUAAUAGCAACAUACACUUUAUUAUAAAUGACUUUAACAACUGGUAUAAAGAUGGAAAAGAUGAGUAUUUUAUUAGUCUUUUUUUUUGCUUCAAACUAAUGUUCUUCUCAGGCAGAGCCUUUUGAGUAUUUGAGCUGCUUCAGUCACAAGUACUAUUUCUUACAGAGCUACAUGCAGUUCUUUGUUGAGAUGGACAAAGAAAGCACUCAGAGAAUGGGAUGAUGGGAUUGUACAACCCUUACCUAACCAUCACCAUGAAAACAACAGUAUAGAUUUAUUUUGUUAUAAAAUAUAUAUGUUCCCACAUGAGAAUAUAUCAAAGCAGACAGGUGUUUUCAACUGAUGGAUAUUGUUAUUAAAAGAUCAAUAUACAUUGUCCACUUAGUAUUUUUCUGUAUCAGAAAAUCACUGUGUUUACAUGGGUGGAUCGGCUCAUUUCAGAUAGUCUUUAAUUUCAUAUUUCAAAAAGGACAACAUGUGCCAGUGGAAUCCUUGACAUAAAAAUAAAUAAAUAGAUGAAUAAAUAAAAGCCACAGCUCAACUACAUUUUUAUUCCCCCAUCUUUAUUCUAGCUUUUAAAAGUCCAAGUGAUCGGUACGAGUGUAAGCCCAGUGGACUGGUAUUAAUUUUCAGAAAAUAUUUUUAAAUGAAGCCACCAGAACUACCAAUUUAUCACCAUUGUGACAUCUAACCAAUGUGAAAAGUUCAAAAUUUAAUCACCCAGAUGACUAAAUGUCUGCCAUUGAUGAUAAUAUAUAUUUUACAAUCAUAGAUGAACCUGCCAUAAAAAGUAUUUAGAUGUAAUGUUUUUAUUUCCACCCCAAAAUGUACUCACGCUCAGCACAGCUGUCAAGUUAAACUGUUAAAUAUAUCUUUGUGUAACAAAUUAGUUGUGAAGAAAAACUCAACCUGAUGUAAUUUUGAUUAUUACUUUUUAAAUUUGACUCUUAAUUCUCUCCAACUUCUCUUUGUGGAAAAAGCUGAACAGACUUAGCAACUGCAAAGCCUCCACUUGUGUCACUUCCUGUCUAAAAGAAAUGUGGACAAUAAAUGAUGCAUUUGAUAUCAUUGGACAUGAAGAAAUUUGUCGGCAUGGAAACAUUUAAUAUGUUUUAUUUUCUUGCAUAUUAUUCCCCCCUCAUGGCAGAACUGUUUGUACAGCUUGACCAAGCUACUAAAAUGUGUUUUAGAUGUAUUUGACCAGAUUACUCAUCCACGAUUAAAUUUUUAGCACAUUGAUAGUAACUGUCAUUUAUUCUAGUUUUUAUUGGUUCUUUCAAAGCCUUUGUCAUGGCAACCAGAUCUGUCAUAUGACAUUUAUUUUACUAGAUCUUAUUUACCUCCCCAACAGCUGCUGGAAAGACCUAUUUGUUUCUAUAUGUCUAAAAAUGUGUUCUUUUUUUUAAUAGAUCUCAGACAACAUGCACCAUUAUUUUCUUUGCCCCGAUCCUGGGUUGUUUGAUAACUUUAGGUGUCUUUUUUAUUUGAAGCUCAUCUUUUUGUGGGUGUCCCAGACAUGAUGAUUGGAUUGAGAUUUACCAGUGUUCCCCAGUUUUGCUUCAAAUCUGUAUUGGGCUUUGUUAAAAAGGAAAUAAAACACUUCUUUUUAAGAAAAAA